GGCGGUCGCGGCGGCCGCCGCUCCCAGCGGGAGGGCGGGCUGGAGCCCUCCCCACCGUGCCGCCGCCGCCAUGGAGAAACAGCCUGGCGGCGAGGACGACUGCGUGGACUCGGGAGCGGAGACGGGCGGGUCUGAGUACAGCCGUAUGUCCUCUACCAGCAGUGAACUUUCUGUGGAAGGCAUACAAGACCCAUUCCUUGUUAGUGUACAUAUUAUCACAGACCCAGGUGAAUCCAAGACUCUUCAGCAAGCCAUCGAUAAGCUUCUAGCCUGGAUCCAUCCAGACCUCCAGCUGUUCCGAGUCUCAGAAAGACGAGUGCCCAAGAAGCACAGGAAGCCAGUUAAGGCUGGUGUUUCUCAGCCAGCCCUUGCUGUCAUUCUGUUUCUGCAGGAGGAGUAUGGAGAAGAACCAAUCUUGCAGCUCCAUGAAACCUUUCAGCGGCCACCUUGGCAUUACCACCACACAGAGCUAAUGCAUGGGAAAUUCCUCCCUUACAUGCCAUGCAGCCAAGACUUUUACACUUUGGCUCCAGAGACUCCUCUGUGGGCCAUUCGCCCAGUGCACUACGGGAAAGAAAUGAUCCGCUUCACCAUAUACUGCAGGAAUGAAAACUUUGGGGACAUUUUGAAAUUGUAUGAGUUAAUAUUGAAAAGACCUGUAUGUCAGAAAAAAGCAGACUUUUGUGUUUUUCCUGUCUAUUCUAACAUGGAAAUAGACAUUCAGUUUUCUUUAAAGAAACUUCCAAAGGGCCAGGUGCCAAUGACGACAGAGUCAGCAGUGCUGGAGUUCAGAGUAAAAGAUGUGGGGCAGCUUGUGCCUCUCUUGCCCAACCCGUGCAGCCCCAUCAGUGAAGGCAGAUGGCAGACGGAAGACCACGAUGGAAAUAGGAUCCUUUUGCAGCAAGCACGCAGUUGGUGUAGGAAGGCUGCAAAGCAGAACAAGCAACUGUAUCCAUCUCUGUCAACAGAUUCCCACUUCACCACUCUGCCAGCCUUUCUUCCUCAGAGCCACCUAUCUAUCUCUGAACAACCACAAGAAAUGGGUCAAAAAAAGGUACAUCCCAAGAACGGCCUUGGUCAUUUUCUUGGUUUCUCCCAGGAGGACUUGAGACACAGUGAUGGGAGAGACUUCACGCACAGAUCCAGCAGUGUCUCCAGCAUUUCAUGGUCAUUUCAACGAAGCAGGUCUCUGUUCUGUUUGCCCACAGUGAACUCCUCUUCGGCGUCAGAGACAUUUCAUUUCAGUGAACCAUUUCAUUUUUUAAAUUCUGGGUCAACUGCAACCAGGUUAAAAACAUGGAAAUGCAGCCCCAAGCUUAACAUUGAUGACUUGGAAGGUGCCCAAGAGACUGAUGUGGAUACAGGGAUGAAGCUGUCCUUCUCGGACCUGUCUGUGGUUUCUGCAUACUCUUCCCUUAAUGGAUUUUGCAGUGAGUUGGCAGACUCUCUUCCCCCACAGAAACAAACUGUCAGUAAGGCUAAACAGGCAGCCACCAGUGGAAGGCCUGUGUCAGCCAUGUGCAAUACUUUUGAGUCAGUUGAUGAUUCAUUGCAUUCUCUUUCUGAAUGGUCUUCCAGUUCUUUCACAUCAGCAUCUCCCACCAAGCAUCACAAACAGUACUUGAGAGCAGCUCCAUGCUCUCUGGACAAUCAUGUUUGCCCAGCUUCACUAGUUAACGAAGAAGAAUUUUACAUCUGAGGUUUCUCUAUCUUAUACCUUCCAGGGCAAACAUGUUCUGCUUGUGAAUGGCAGCAGCGGGUCCACCUUGAGCAUACAGAAGGUUCCUCACUGAGGAGAAGGUGAUGCAGCAGAGCAUGUUAAAUAUUUGAAGAAAAUACUCAGAACCCUCUGAGAUAGGUAUUCUCAAACUAGGUACAGUAAAGCAGUCUGAGCUUGCGCCUUUACCUUUGUACUGGAGGAGAUGAUCAGCACAGAGGCUUUUCCACAGCACUGCAAGGUGGAUGUUUUCUGUGACUGACCCUUUGGUGGUGAAAGAAAUGCCAGAAGAGACAUAUAGUAUUCCAUUUUAAUUUGGCAGAAAAUGAAGAUUAAUUUGAUACCAAACUGCUUUAACUUUCUGAGAAAUUCCUUUAACUCAAGAAAGACGGGAGAAGAAAGGGGUCUUAUUUCCCUUUCACAAGUUCCAAAGGCAGCUCUAAGCACAGCAGAUCCCAGCAGUACCUCUCGAGUAGAGUCAGGCAAGAAGUUUCCUGUGAGGAGACACACUGUUCCUUCUAACCUCUGAGACCGGGCAGUGGUGAGGAGGGGGAGAACCACAGAAUCGUCAAGGUUGGAAGAGACCUUCAAGACUGUCUAGUCCAAGUGUCAACCUAGCACUACCAUAAUCACCCCUAAACCAUAUUCCCAUGUGCCAUAUCCACCUGCCUCUGGAACACUUCCAGAGACUGACUCCAGCACCUCCCUAGACAACUUAUUCCAAGGCCUAACCACUCUUUCAGUGAAUAAUUUUUUUCUAAUAUCUAAUCUGAAACUUCCCUGGUCGGGGAGGUUAAUUUCUGCUCAUCCUUGCACUUGUGACAUGGCAGAAGAGACCGACCACCACCUCACUACAACCUUCUUUCAGGUAGUUGUAGAGAGCAGUGAGGUCUCCCCUGAGCCUUCUUUUCUCCAGGCUAAACAGCCCCAGUUCCCUCAGUUGUUCCUCAUAAGAUUUUGCUCCAGACCCUGCCCCAGCUCCAUUGCCCUUCUCUGGACUCACUUCAGCACCUCAAUAUUUUUCCUGUAGUGAGGGGCCCAAAACUGAACACUGGAUUCGAGGUGUGGCCUCACCAGUGCUGAGUAAAGUGGGACAAUUGCUGCCCUGGUCCUACUGGCCACACUGUUGCUGACAAAGGCCAGGAUGCCAUUGGCCUUCUUGGCCACUUGGGCACACUGCUGGCUCAUAUCCAGCUGGCUGUGAAUCAGCACCCCCCAGUCCCUUUCCACUAAGCAGCUCUCAAGGCACUCUUUCCCCAAUCUGUAGCUCUGCCUGGGGUUGUUGUCACCCAAGUGCAGGACCCAGCACUUGGUUCAUGUUAUUGAGCCUCAUACCGUUGUCCUCAGCCCAUUGACCCAGUCUGUCAAGAUCUCUCUGUAGAGCCUUACAACCCUCCAGCAGAUCAACACUCCUGCCCAACUUUAUGUCUUCUGUGAACUGACUGAGGAUACACUCAAUCCCCUCAUCCAAAUCAUUGAUGAAGAUGUGAAAAAGGACUGGCCCCAAUACUGAGUCCUGGGUAACACCACUAGUCACCAGCCACCAAAUGGAUUUAGUUCCAUUCACCACCACUCUCUGGCCUUGGCCAUCCAGACAGUAUUUCACCCAACAAAGAGUACACCUCUCACGUGCAGCCAAUUACUUCAGGCGAAUGCUGUGGGAGAUGGUGUCAAACGCUUUACUGUCAACAACAUCCACCACCUUUCCCUCAUCUCCUGAGUGGGUCACUUUGUCAUAGAAGGUGAUCAGGUUGGUCAAGCAGGACCUACUUUUUGUAAAUCCUGGGAGCCUGAUACCCUGGUUGUCCUGUACAUGCCAUUUGAUGGCCCUCAGGGUGAUCUGCUACAUGACCUUCCCUGGUACCAAGGUCAGGCUGAUAGGCCUGUAGUUUCCCAGAUCUUCCUUCCAACCCUUGUAGAUGGGCAUUUUAUUUGCUAAUUUACAAUCAACUGGGACUUCUCCAUUUAACCAGGACUGCUGGUAAAUGAUUGAAAGUGGUUUGGCAAGCUCUUUUGCCACUUCCCUCAUUACUCUCGGGUGCAUCCUGUCUAGGCACAUAGGUGUCUGACUGGAACCCUUUCCUCCUGGAUUAUGGGGGCUUCAUUCUGCUCCCUGUCUCUAACUUCCAGCUCUGGUAGCUGGAUAUCCUUUGGGAAACUGGUUUUGGUAUUAAAGACUUAAGGCAAAGAAGGCAUUAAGUACCUCAGCCUUUUCCUCAUCCCCUGACACUUUGUUACCCUCUGCAUCCAGCAAAGGAUAGAGACCCUCAUUAGCCCUCCUUUUGCUGCCAAUGUAUUUAUAGAAUUUUUUUGAAGAAACUUCAUUCCUUCCCCAUGGAAGAGGAAGCUCUACUGUAUCUCUGACAGACCAGAUGCAGCAAGUGCCAAGAGGGAAACAUUAGAGAACAUUUUGAACCCCUCCCGUCCAAAAAGCCCUUCAUUUCCAGUUGGAAGGGAACUAUCUGGGCUGUUGUCUGAACCACUUGUGUGGACAGGGGUAACCCGAGUACACCAUGUUUGCUACUUCUAACUCAGGCAAUACACAGCUUACUGAAAGAUAACCCAGCAUUUUUAUAUAGUCCCAAAUGUAUGACAGCUCCAUGUUUUUUUAAAGGAUUGAUAUUUUUCUGUUAAAAAAUAAUUAAUGCAGAAACUUAUUCUUUGUAUUUCCAGUGAAAGCAUACUUCUGGGUAAAACACAUUUCUUCUCAAAUACUUCUCUCCAAAGGGAAAACAAGUCAAAUUUUACUGGCUUUCAAAAUACACAUUCUUGAUAACCUGUUUUGCUCUGGUAAUUUGGUAUUUAAAAAAAAAUGUAAGUAAAAAGUUAAGUACCUUCUCCAGGAUUUAGGUCACAUAAACAGAUUUCAUCGUGCACGUUCUGAAAAGUUACAUUUUUGGUAGAGAAGUAUCCCUGGUUGCAGCUCUGGUCUAGCCACUGAGAAAAUAACCACGUAAAAAUGUGUAUGUAUAAUGAUGGAUGUAGCCUAUGUACAGGUGUAGAUGCUGAAGGCCUACCAUGAUGGCAUUGUGGUGUGUGGAAUAAAAACUCAUUUUUUGAGAAAUUACUAGGUAAUUUUAAUCAAAAGAAUUGCUGCUCUGCAGAAAAAGGGGGGAAAAAAAGGAAAAAAAAAAAGCAGAAAAGCACACAUACUCUAAA